CCUCGCCUCGCCGAUAUGGCCUCCUCCCACCUCGCCGCCGCCUCUUCACCGGCGGCAACCGCGACUGCGCUGCGUUCCUGCGCGACACACCCCGCCGCCUCUUUCGCGCGCCUCCCGGCGACCCUCCGUUCUGAGUACGCUGGGCUGGCCCUCAGUGGUAGGAGGGCGGUGGCCCCGGUGGUCGUCGCCGCUGGCCCGGCCGCGGCGGCGCCGGCGGCCGACCUGGACGGCCGCCCGGCCGCGGCGAAGCAGCCUAUCAUCGUGAUCGAUAACUACGAUAGUUUUACCUACAACCUGUGCCAGUAUAUGGGAGAGCUUGGGUUAAAUUUUGAGGUGUAUCGUAAUGAUGAACUUACCAUAGAGGAUGUAAAGAGGAUGAACCCGCGAGGAAUACUUAUUUCUCCAGGGCCUGGUGAACCACAAGAUUCAGGUAUAUCACUGCAGACUGUUCUGGAACUCGGGCCAACCAUCCCAAUAUUCGGUGUUUGCAUGGGUCUGCAAUGCAUUGGGGAGGCUUUUGGAGGGAAGAUUAUCCGUGUUCCUUCUGGUGUGAUGCAUGGAAAAAGCUCUCCAGUUUACUAUGACGAGGUUGUAGGGAAAGACCUAUUUGAAGGCUUAGCAAACCCAUUUACCGCUGCAAGAUACCAUAGCUUGGUCAUUGAGAAGGAAAGCUUCCCACACGAUGCCCUGGAAAUCACAGCAUGGACUGAAGAUGGACUUGUAAUGGCUGCUCGCCAUAAGAAGUACAAGCACAUCCAGGGGGUCCAGUUCCACCCAGAGAGCAUCAUCACCCCUGAAGGUAAAAGGAUCAUUCUCAACUUCGCAAGAUACGUCGAAGAGUUUGAGAAGCAGAGCUCCGAGGGGAAGUAGAGGAUCUGAGAAGCAGCGCACUUAGGAGAACUAGUGGGCUAGAGGCUAUUGUUGAUAGAUCAGGCAGGCAGGAAGAGGGGCCUAAGCCGAGCAGAUUCACACAAAGGAAUGAAGGAAAAGGAGCUGUCCAUUGCUAUUCGUUUGGUUCAUUGUAGCAUAUCAUUGUGGUUCGUGAUCUCUAAUAAACAAUCAACGUGUGCAUCAUCGUGGUGAUAUUUUGUCAAAUAAUAAAUUAGUGGGAGCUGAGUCUGCUUUUAA